AUGCUCACUGCCUCCAUCUUCCGUCCGACUCUGCUGCUCUGCUGGUUCACUGCCCCCAGCCCAGCCAGGCCUGAGACCCUCUUCCACAGCCGGGACCACUCAGACCUGGAGACCUCCCCCCUGCGCCAGGCCAAGCCCAUUGCCGACCUCCAUGCUGCUCAGCAAUUCUUAUCCAGAUACGGCUGGUCGGGGUCUCAAGGAACCUGGGCCCCCAGCCCCGAGGGGCCACCAGAGGCCACCAAGGCCACCGCACUGGCUGAGGCGGUCCGCAGAUUCCAGCGGGUGAACGCGCUGCCAGCUAGUGGGGAGUUGGAUGCGGCCACACUAGCGGUCAUGAACAGGCCUCGCUGUGGAGUCCCUGACACAAGGCUGCCACCGCCUGCCGCCCCCCCAUCCCCUCCAGGCCCACGCCCCAGGGCUGCCCGAUGCAGGCGCUUCUUGCAAAUGCUGCUGCUCAGGCCCGGCCGGCAGCAGGAAGAGCCCCCAGGUGGAGGGGCUGCCAGGGCCUUCUCCAAAAGGACCCUGACCUGGAGACUGGUGGGCGAGGCCUUGAGCAGCCAGCUCUCCGUGGAGGAGCAGAGACACAUUUUCAGACUGGCCUUCAGGAUGUGGAGUGAGGUGACACCACUGGACUUCCGGGAGGAUCUCUCUGCCCCUGGGCCCAUGGUUGACAUAAAACUGGGUUUUGGGAGAGGCCGGCACCUGGGCUGUCCUCGGGUUUUUGACGGGAGUGGACAGGAGUUUGCUCACGCCUGGCGCCUGGGUGACAUUCACUUUGACGAUGACGAGCACUUCACACCUCCCACCAGUGACAUGGGCAUCAGCCUUCUCAAGGUGGCUGUCCAUGAAAUUGGCCAUGUCCUCGGCCUGCCUCACACCUACAGGACAGGAUCCAUAAUGCAACCAAAUUAUAUACCCCAAGAGCCUGCAUUCGAGCUGGACUGGUCAGACAGAAAAGCCAUCCAAAGGCUGUACGGCUCAUGUAAAGGAUCAUUUGAUACUGCAUUUGACUGGAUUCGCAAAGAAAGAAACCAGUAUGGAGAAGUCAUGGUGAGAUUUAGCACGUAUUUCUUCCGCAAAAGCUGGUACUGGCUUUAUGAAAAUCGAAACAACAGGACACGCUACGGGGAUCCUAUCCAAAUCCUUGUUGGUUGGCACGGAAUCCCAACACAAAACAUAGACGCCUUCGUCCACAUCUGGACAUGGAGAAGAGAUGAGCGUUAUUUUUUUAAAGGAAAUCAAUACUGGAGAUACGACAGUGACAAGGAUCAGGCCUGCAUAAAUGACGAACAAGGAAAAAGCUACCCCAAACUGAUUUCAGAAGGAUUUCCUGGCAUCCCAAGUCCCCUGGAUACAGCGUUUUAUGACCGUAGACAGCAGCUAAUUUACUUCUUCCAGGGGUCGUUGGUAUUUGCAUUUGAUAUCAACAGAAAUCAAGUACUUAAUUCUUAUCCAAUGAAGAUUACUGAGGCUUUUCCGGCAGUAACACCACAAAACCACCCUUUCAGAAAUAUAGAUUCUGCUUACUACUCCUACACACACAACUCCGCCUUCUUCUUCAAAGACAACGCCUACUGGAAAGUAGUUAACGACAAGGACGUACAACAGAAGCCUUGGCUCCCCCACAAUGGUUUGCUUCCAAAAAAGUCUAUUUCAGAGCAGUGGUUUGACAUUUGUGACGUCCACAUCUCCACACUGAACAUGUAA